GCAGAACUUUGAACGGCCUGUCAGUGUGAUUACACCAACACAUCGAUGAGGGCCAAGAUUGUCUAGGAAUCCAUCCCGUAUAUUACAUGUUAUAGUAGCAAUGUCACUCAGCAUGCGGAAGUCGUUUAUACGCGGCAAUUCUAUUUCCUUAGCAUCCUCCCAGCCUCGUUUCGAACAAAAAGUUGUUUCCAAAAUGGCUACCCAGGAACAUAUCCACGCCUUAUGGCAUGCGUUUGAUUCGUUAGACGUGGACAACAGUGGUGUCGUUGCUCUAUCUCAACUCAAGGUAGCAACAGCCAAUAUCAGCAUGGCAGCAGGAGUACAAGACAUGCAGAAAUCUGUGGAUGCAUUGACAAAUCGUUUUGGUGCAGACAAAGCGACUCUCUCUUUUGAAGAAUAUGUAGAUUUUGUUAGAGUUGAACUUCUUGGUGAGGGGAUGUCAUUGGAUUUGAACCAAAUACACAGCGUAGCAUGGAUGCUGUGUUCUAAACCACAUAUGAACAGAAAAGGUAAAAAAGUGAACGAUGCUGAUGCAUUUAAGUUAUGGCAGAUUUUCAAUCGUCUGGCAGAAACUGACCAGUACCCCUUGAGGAUGGACAGUGAGGAAGUCGCCUAUUUCUUACAAAAGAUUGUCAUUGCCAUGGGAAAAAUCUGGAAAUCAUCUGAAUUUGAAGAAAUUAAAAACGCCUGCCCAAUGAUGUCUUACUGGCAAGUUUUACACUGCAUUGAAAAUAAAUUUGGCAUGGGAAUUGAUGAAGAAGGCAUAUCCACCGCGGUUCAGGACGUCUAUGAUGAAAUCAUGAAUGAAGUUGUCAAAAUGGGUUUCAUGACUAAGAAAGGACACAAGAUGACAACAUGGAAAGAACGGUGGUUUGUUCUAAAACCAAGAAGUUUGAGCUACUACACAGGAAGAGAUAUGAAAGAACAGAAAGGAGAAAUCAAACUGACAUCGUCAUGGAAAGUUGAAGGAUUGUCGGACAAAAGUGGUAAAAAUAGACUGGUCUUGCACACUGAUGCAUCUAAAGAUAGUAAAACAAGAUAUGAAAUGAAUGCCCCGGACCCCAGGACUAAGCAAGAAUGGAUUACAGCAUUAUCAUCUGUUAUUGAUGCUGCAGAUGGUAAUUUGUCUCCGCAAAAAAUAGAAUUUGUCAAACGAAGACAGAGCAGGUAUGGAAGAAGAAAAAAGAAUGAGGAGGAACAAAAAAGAAGAAAAGAGGAGAGUGAAAAGAUGGCAAGACAAAAAGAAGAACUAGAAAAUGAAAAAGCGGCUAGAGCAGAAGCAGAGGCUAGAGCAGCAGAAUUAGAGGCCUUGAAAGAGGCUGAAGAAAAGAGACUGAUAGAAUUACAAGAGUUGUACGACCAAUUACAACAAUUAUUGAAGGAAGAACAACAAGCUAAAAGAGAUGAAGAAGUGGUUAGAGCAUUACAAGCACGACUGCUGGACGAGGAAACAGAGAAAAGAGAACAACUGGAGAAGCUGAAAGCAGAGCAAGAGGCGGCGUUGCUUGAUGAGCGGAAGAAGAGAGAGGAAGUUGAAGACGAACGACAAAAACAGAUGAAAAUACUGGAGGAAGAGAAAGAAAAAUUAGCAAUGCUGGAGCAACAAAGAUUAGAAGCAGAUUUGCAGCUACAGGAGGCAAGCUUGAAGCUGCAAGCUGCAGAGUCCUCUAAAAAAGAAAUGGAUGUAGCUAUGAGAGAAAUUGAUCGUAAAUAUCAGGAGAUUCAAGCAAAGAAGGCAAGACAGGAUGAAAAGCCAAUUGGACUUGCCCGGCCUGUGCAGGUCAAGGCUAAUCCAUUAAUUACCCAUAGGGGAGUUGGAGCAUUUAUUCCACAAGAGUUUGACAUCUUGAAGGAGAAAUUACAAAAACUGAAGAUGUUGGGAGUGUUUGAUGUAGUAGAGAAUAAAAGUGAACACAAGCAAGGAGUUACAGAGGAAAGAGAUCAGACAGAAUUGAAGCAAGGAGUUACAGAGGAAAAAGAUCAGACAGAAUUGAAGCAAGGAGUUACAGAGGAAAGAGAUCAGACAGAAUUGAAGCAAGGAGUUACAGAGGAAAGAGAUCAGACAGAAUUGAAGCAAGGAGUUACAGAGGAAAGAAAUCAGACAGAAUUGAAGCAAGGAGUUACAGAGGAAAGAGGCCAGCCAGAAUUGAAGCAAGGAGUUACAGAGGAAAGAGGCCAGCCAGAAUUGAAGCAAGGAGUUACAGUGGAAAGAGAGCCAGAUGUGAACAACCAUACUGAAGAUGUAAUGGUAGUGGAAAAUUUAGAGUUUGAAUCACAAGAAAAAGAACUGUGUACAGAUGAUUCCAAGGAUGCAAGCAGUUCAGGAGUUGAGAGAACAGAUGAUGAUAUUUGUAAGGACAAAAUGUUGCUAAGGGAAACAAUUGGGAAAGAUGAAGAUCCAGUAUUAUCACACAGAGAUGAUGAUCAGUUACCUUUGGAUUUACAAGCCAAAAAUGAGAAGCUUACUGAUGAGAACAAACUGUUGCCAGGGAAAGGUAGCAGCCAUUCAUCAUGUGGGUCAGAUGGAUAUGAUGAAUAUGUGGAAUCAGACGUCAUAGAACUAUAAAAAAGUAAAAGUUUAAUACUCCUAACAAUGUUAAAUAGAAUGUUUCUGACAACUUACAAUUUGGGAUUACUUGCACUUACUUAUAAACUUUUACACAUUUUAUCAAGUAAUCUGUACAUCAAUAAAAGUAUGCCCUCUAUGGUCGAAAUAUAUUGAUUUUCCAUUAACAAUUUAUUACCACACGUAAACCAGUUGCAUUUAUUUUGGUAUAACAAUUUGCCAACAAGAUUUACGGUAGAACACCAGGCAAAGUUUAUUCUCUAUAAACUGUUGAAGCUUUCAUUUUAUCUCUUGUUUUGUUAAAAUUGUGUUUUUCUGCAUUCUCUUUUUUAUGACAUGAAUUGGAUUGAAAUAUCGACAGUAUAUUCUGUUGGUUAAUUUUAUAUUUUGUUAAGUGUGUUUUUUAGUAUAUUCUGUCAGUUGCACUUUUAACAAUUCUAACUGCAAUUAAAUGACUAAAUUUCUGGAAAUUAAAAAUAAAAAACAAACAUCCAUUUAAUUGUUUUGAAAUUGCACUACCAUGCAUGAUCCAAAUUAUUUUGACAUGAAAUUAAUGUACAUAUAUCACAAUAGCUUUUUAUGAACAGAAUUAAGAUUUUAUUAUAUAUAUUAUGAAUGAAAGAAUGAUUUAUUAGUACAUUCACUCCAGACAAAAUCAAACAUUUAUGAAUGGCAGUAAAAACACUACACAUGUUUUUUUUUGUAUUAACCUGAAAAAUGUACAACUUUUAUCCUUCUGAUCUAUAAAACCAUCCAUUGUCUUAGCUUUAUGGUAUGUAUACCUAUACCAGUUUUCAAUCCAUGUUGUGAUGGAUUUAACACACUGUAAUUCAAUCGCUCUAUAAUAUCAAUCAGUGUAGCCAAAGAUUAUUUUCAUGCAAGACCUCCCAAAAAAUAGAUUUAUUUGGUCCAUUUUGAAAUGGGACUCCCGCACGUUUUUUUAUGGUGUAUUUGAAAAACAAACAAACUGUGUGUUGGAAAAUAAACAUAAAUCACUUUGACAGAUCUAUUUUUUAGCUGACAAAAUUAAGUAUGAUUUUUGCUAGGAAUUGUCGCUGCUUCUAUUUGCACUGCUACUUUAUAUACUUGCUAUGCAUUUUUUUUACUUUUAUAUACAGAUAUUUUUAAGUUUACAAAUCA